CGAUCAUCACUUCGCACAAGGAUGAGUACAGCGCAACUGAAGAACAGUAUCGGGUUCCUCCUCAACCCGUACCCGACGCCAACGACCUUUUGUGCACGGGACGACGCGGCAAUCCACGACUCUGUCCAGGCGCUCAUCGAUGAAGAGUUCAAGCACGUCCAUUGGACCAAGCCGCUCUCGGUCCAGCGCAACCGGUGCUCGGUUGACGGCUGCACGACGGCGGCCGUGAGCAAGUCGCUCUGCGUUCGCCACGGCGGCGGCACCCGCUGCUCCGAGCCAGGAUGCACGAAGCGCACCAAGCGCCACAACCGGUGCUACCUCCACGGCGGCUACGUGCUCUGCCACAUUGCAGGAUGCACGAGCAAAGCGAAGCGCCACGGCGUCUGCUGGGCCCACGGCGGCGGUGCACCGUGCCGGCAGCCCGACUGCCCCAAGCUCGCAGCCAAAGGCGGCUUGUGCUGGACCCACGGCGGUGGCCACCGCUGCCACGAGACGGGCUGCGACCGGCGGGCGUACAAGCGGCAAAACUUCCUCUGUGACGCCCACGCCGUCCGCCGAUAG